AUGUGGGACCGGCUGCGGGGCAGUCGGGCGGCGAGCGGCGGCCGGAGCGCGGCCGCGAUGGCGCAGCGCGACACGGCGGCGGGAGACAAGGAGGCGGCGGCGGGAGAGGGCGAGACGGGGCCCGGKRCCGGCGCCGGGGCUGGGGCCGGUACCGGGGCCGGUACCGCGGCCACCCCGGGCGCCGCCGCGCCCUUCCAGCCCCCCGACGGCGGCUUCGGCUGGGUCGUGGUGUUCGCCGCCACCUGGUGCAACGGCUCCAUCUUCGGCAUCCACAACUCCUUCGGGAUCCUCUACAUGAUGCUGCAGAGCGACCUGGGCCUGGAGGAGAAGGACCCCACGCUGGAGUUCAAAACAGCAUGGGUUGGUGCCUUGGCCAUGGGGAUGAUCUUUUUCUGCUCUCCCAUCGUGAGCAUCUUCACAGACCGGAUCGGCUGCAGGACAACAGCAGCCAUGGGAGCUGCCAUUGCUUUCAUCGGACUCCUCUGCAGUUCGUUCACCAAGUCCCUCGAAGUCCGUUAUUUCACGUACGGGAUCCUCUUCGGCUGCGGCAGCUCCUUCGCCUUCCAGCCCUCGUUGGUUAUCCUGGGUCAUUACUUCAAACGCCGCCUCGGCUUGGCCAACGGCAUCGUGGCCGGUGGCAGCUGCCUCUUCUCCGUCUCCCUCCCCUUCUUCUUGAAGACAAUUGGGAAGGCCAUUGGGCUGGCGCACACUUUCCAAGUACUCAGUGCCUUUAUGUUCAUCCAGAUAUUCUUGUCCCUGACCUAUCGGCCCAUCUUGCCACCUUCUUGUGACUCUCAGCACGAUGGGCCAGAUAAGGUGGUCAGCCGGAGCGUGCAGCAGCAGUGCUGGUCUCAGAUGCGCAAGUAUUUCAACCUGAGGGUUUUCCGGAGAAAGACCUAUCGGAUUUGGGCCUUUGGGAUUGCUACUGCUGUGCUGGGAUACCUUGUACCCUACCUGCACCUGAUAAAAUAUGUGGAGAAGGAAUUUAAGGAAAACAAAAAUGACUGGAUUCUCUUGGUUUGCCUUGGAGCCACUUCAGGGCUUGGUCGCUUGGUUUCAGGCCGGAUUGGUGACUGCAUUCCUGGACUAAAAAAGAUUUAUUUGCAAGUUGCGUCCUUUAUGCUGUUGGGCCUCAUGUGCAUGAUGAUCCCCCAGUGCCGAGGCUUCGAGGGCGUCAUCGUUAUCUGCCUCUUCCUUGGCCUCUGCGAUGGGUUCUUCACCACCAUCAUGGCCCCCAUAGCCUUCGAGCUGGUGGGGCCCAUGCAGGCGUCCCAGGCCAUAGGGUACCUCAUGGGCCUCAUGGCCGUGCCCAUGACUGCUGGUCCGCCAAUAGCAGGAUACCUCAAAGACCAUUUUGGGAAUUACCACAUUGCCUUCUACUUUGCUGGAGUUCCCCCCAUCAUCGGAGGCUUGGUGCUAGCCGUCGUGCCCCUGGUUCAUCAGAGGAUGCUCAAGAAGCAGCGCCUGGAUUCGGGCAAAGACAAGAUGCUGGUUUCAGAGACGGUCAUGAACGGAGAGCUGCUCCCGGGCUGCCCGGCCUCCGAGGCGCACAUCUAAGCACGCCCGGGCCUCCACUCUGACACACGCACACCUAGAUACACUAUUGCCACCAGCAUCUUCUCGACAGCCUAAGCACAGGCCCUUUUCUAAACGGACUGUAAUUCUCAAUGAUUGCAGAUGCACUAUGUUUGUAAAGGAAAAAAAAUCUUCUAGUUAAAUGCUCUUAACUAGUAGAAAAGCUUUUUUUCGGGGCAGUUUUGAUUUCAAAGCCUCAUUUUUUUUCCUCUAACUGUUUUUCUACGGAGAACUCUUACCAAGAUUCAACGUUGAUCGAGCGCCUCRUCCUUCUCCCAGUUUUCUAUGUGUCACGACAGAGGUUUACAGCUGAUAACACUGUUUUAUAGCCGGCCACAGGCAGGGCAYGUUGAACCUCCCGGGUGUCUGGCUCGCGCCCUCCAUGUCCCAGCUGAGCAAGCCCGUCCAUUCCCAGCGCAGCUCCAGAGGGGCUGCCGGAGGCGGCCGCUUCCAAGGAGCAAACGCCGCUCCAGCCCGGCACAAAAGCGAAUAAAAYCUCAGCAGGUCACACUGUAAUCUUUGUCUCCCCGGCUUUUCCGCUGCCCUCCCACGCGUGCCGGCACGCACCGCGAAGCACUGCAGCUGUCAGCACGCUCUUAAGGACGAGCGGGCACUCAGCAGCGCCGGAGCGCCCGCCUUGUCCUGCUCUUCCCGACGUGGAUCCCGCUCGUUGCAAGCUGGGAGCUGCAGAGGGAUGCGGGCAGCUGAGGGGGUUCAUGGUGCCAAGCAGAACUUUGUUCCCCAAAUCCCGCUGCCCGCGGAUUGUACAUAGGAUCCCRCAUGCCCCUCAUGCCCUUUGUGUCUGCGUUGCAGAGCACGGGUGCAUCGUGCUGUGCCGUGUUCAGCCUCUUCUUGGCAACGUCUCCCUGGGACUCCAGAGGCUGCUCCUUUAUGGCACCAUCCACUACAUUUCAGCCACCAACACAGCCCCAGGAGGAAAUGUUUUAUAUUGUAGCUCCCGUGGUUAAUUGGGGCUGGUUUAUUCCAUCUGAAAUCCAUGAAGGGCUUCGAAUCAUCUCUGUGACUCUAAGG